UGUUUUUGUUUACGCGGUAUUAUUAUCCAACAAAUUUUCCUAUGUUUUGCGGCAAGAGUUUAGUUAAUAAUUUCUACAAAUAUAAAAGAAAAGUGUGGCAGAAUGUAAUCCCAAUUGUACAGCGCUGCAAGGGAACUUACCGCCCUCCGAAAAUUCUUUUUUUCGGGACCGACAAUUUUUCCUUGCCCAGCUUACAGGCGUUACACAAAAACUGCGGUGACCGUUUGGGAGUUGUUACCUCCUUCAAAAGUCCCGCCAACUGUGUGAGGACCUACGCGGAAAAGGAGAAGCUUCCACUACAAAAGUGGCCCAUAGAUCCUUCUGUGUGUCCGCAAUUUGAUCUUGGUGUGGUGGUCUCCUUUGGCCACCUGAUUCCUGCGAAUAUCAUCAAUGGCUUUCCUCAUGGAAUGAUCAAUGUUCACGCUAGUCUGUUGCCCAAAUGGCGGGGAGCUGCUCCCAUCAUAUAUGCCAUCAUGAAGGGAGAUGCCAGCACUGGAGUUUCCAUCAUGAAAAUCGAACCUCACCGGUUCGAUAUCGGCGAUAUUUUAGCUCAGCGGGAAGUGGAUAUUAAGCCCGAUGUCUUCAUGCCGGAUCUGCAUGCAUCCUUGGCGUCGUUAGGAGCAGAUUUACUUGUGGACACUGUUAACAAUCUAUCAGUAAGACUUAAGGAAGCCAAACCCCAAGAUAGUACAAGGGCCAGCUAUGCUCCCAAGAUCACCAGUAAAAUCACAGAAAUUAUCUGGUCCGAGCUUAGUGCCUUUGAAAUAUACACUCGUCAUCGAGCUUUGUAUGGCUACAAAAACCUAACAACCAGCUUUUUAGGCAAACAAGUCCAACUGCUGGAGUUGCGAUUACCGGAAAAGGGAGUUCCAGUCCAAGAACCUGGUGCCAUCAGCUAUCUGAGGAAGGCGAGAUCCCUCAUAAUAGGAUGUGCUCAGCAGAGCCAGUUGGAAGUGCUUCAGUUACGCGUGGAAGGUAGAAAACCUAUGAGUGCCCAGGACUUUAACAACGGCUUCCUGAAGCAAGCAAGGUCCUUAUCCUUCACAGAGAAUAAACUAGCAUCGAUUUGAUAACGAA